AUGGAAAGAGCGGCAGUGUCCAUCAUGGGCAAGGUCGGGCAGCUGCUAGUGGACGAGCUCCAGGACAUCCGCGGUGUCGGCAGCAAGGUCGUCCACCUGCGGGACGAGCUGGCGACCAUGAACGCCGCCCUCCGCAUCAUCUCCGAGGCGGAGCAGGACUCCGUCGACCACAUUGUCCGCGAGUGGGAGAAGCAGGUGCACGACCUCGCCUGCGAUGCCGAAGACUGCACCGACACCUACCUUCUUCGCCUCGUCCGCCCCACCCCAAACCCGCCAAGCAACGUCACCGGCAAUCAGCUCAUCUUCUCCUGGACCGGAUACAUGCUUGCCCGCGCCAAGCGCAUUGCCAAGUAUCCAUAUGAGAAGCUUGUGCUGCAGCGCACCCUCGCUGCUGACAUCAAGGACCUCCUGGCCCGUGCCACCAUCGUGAGCGAACGCCGCGUUCGCUACGGUAUUGACCGGGCAGUGCUACCGAGAGCUGCCUGCUUCGUCCCUGUCUCGGCGGCGGCUGCGUCCGCGAGUGCCCUCCGUCCUACCAACGACCCUGAUCAGUUUGUCGGCAUCACAGAUACGGCAAACGCCUUGGCCGGCAAGAUCAAGGCGAUCAAGGCGCCGGUAAAUGAUCGCGCCGAUGAUGCUGACAAGAUCAGGGCGCCAGUCAAUGAAGAUGAUGAUGACGACAACGACGACGACGAGACCAUGGCUGCGGUCCAUGAUCAGGAUGACAAGAUCAAGGCGCCGGUCCAUGAGGGGCUAGAGGUGUUCUCCAUUGUGGGGUUUGGAGGGCUGGGGAAAACCACCUUGGCCAUGGACCUUUGUCGGCAGCUUGACGCGGACUUCCCGUUCCAGGCGUUGGUAUCUGUGUCACAAAAUUUCAAUGCCGCGAAGGACAUGGAGAGACUGCUGGUACAAGUGCUCCAGCAGAUCCUCAGGGAGAAACCAAGUGAUGAGCAAACCAACCUGACGAGAGUUGAAGAGCUGUCCGAAAAGAUCAGGGAACUCCUACAUCAGAAGAGCAAAAUCAUUGUGACAACUCGAAUAAAUAUGGUGGCCAAGGCUGCAAGUUUCUCAGAGGACUUUGUCCAUCGUAUGGAGCCCCUCAAACCAAAAGCAUCUGAGAAAUUGUUUGUCAAAAAAGUGUUUGGCUACACAGAGAACAGUACAUGCCCGCCUGAACUUAAAGAAACCAUGGACACUAUUUUGAAAAAAUGUGGUGGGUUGCCAUUGGCCAUCAUUAGCAUUGCCAGACUUCUGCCAAGCAAUAGGUCAGCUGAGAGCAUAGAGAUGUGGAAAAGGGUUUCUAGAUCAAUUGGAUCUCAGAUGGAGAUCCACCCUACCCUCCAGGCGAUGAGGCAGUUGAUUACACUCAGCUAUGACUACCUCCCUCACCAUCUUAAGGCUUGCAUGAUGUAUCUGAGCAUUUUCCCGGAGGAUUAUGUGGUUACCAAGGAUAGGCUGCUACACAGAUGGAUUGCAGAAGGUUUGGUCACUGAGAAGCGGGGGUUGACUUUGUUGGAGGUUGCAGAAGAAUAUUUGAAUGAGCUGAUAAGUAGGAACAUGAUUCAACUAGACAAGUUUGUGUCCACUGAAAAAUCACUCAAUUGUAGGGAAUCUAACUUUGUUACCUUGGUAGGGCGGCAAUACGGAGGAAUGACACAUGGACAUGGCAAGGUUCGACGCCUCUCCGUUCAUGAUAAUGACAAUGAUGAGCAGCAUGAUGCAAGGCAUGGCAUUGAGGCAAUGAAGCUACAGCAUGUCCGGUCACUGACCACAUUUCCAUUCCAUGGCCUUGACAAGCUGCUGGAUCGUCUAGGCGAGUUCAAAUUGUUGAGGGUACUUGACCUGGAAGAUUGCAAAGCCCUGCGAAACAAGCACAUGAUAUAUGUCUGCAGACUGUAUCUUCUUAGGUUCUUGAGCUUGAGGGGAACAACAGUCUCUAAGAUGCCUCACAAACUUGGUAAUCUAGAGCACUUACAGACUCUUGAUGUAAAAGACACAUACAUGAAUAGGGGGCAGGGGAUGCCGCGAAGUGUGACAAAGCUAAGCAAACUAGAGAGCCUAAUGUCCGAUGGUAUGCUAAUUGCUGACUCCGCCGAUGGUGGGUGUUAUCCUGAGCUUGCCUCCUCCUUGAGCAAGACAAGCGCUCUCCGAUCGCUCAAUCUGAGUUGCGGAGGUGCUGAGGGAGAUGAGUGCAGUUUGGAGUUUCUCCAUGACGUCUCACCGCCGCCGCCACUCCUUCAUACCCUUGUUUUGUGUGGAAGCAUUAGCCAACUGCCCGACUGGAUGUCAUCACUAGCACACCUCACAAAUUUGGAAAUUGGAUAUACAGAACUUACUGGUGACAAAUUGUUUCGAGUCCUGUGUAAGUUGACCAAUCUGCAGAGAAUCCGACUGGUGGAAAUUGAGUGCAAAUACGGAAAAUUGGUUGCACGCCCUAAACACGACUUCCCAGUGCUGAGGUUUCUGGAGGUGGUCGAAUGUCCUAUCAUGCUCACAUUCCAGAAAGGAUCAAUGAAAAUGCUCGAGACACUAGUAUUGGACUUUGGUGACGAGAGGCUGAGGACUGUCGGUCUUCAGAACUUGGAGAACCUUAAAGAGGUCAAGCUCAAUGCUAAGAAAAGCAUCCCGUCAAUGAAAUGUGCAGUGAAGCAACUCAAGAGACACCCCAAGUCCAAUCAGAUGAGAGUAAUGGCCGACUGGAGCUGA